AUGACGCUCCUGAUUGAAUUCCUCACACAAAUCAGGGCCUUUGUUCGCCAGCAAAACGGCGACGAGCUUCGCAACUGGCUGCUGGUUGAACCCAACGCCUCACAGACUUACCACAACCUUGCCGCGCAGCUUCGCACCGGAUUCCGUCAACAAGAUAGCACGGCUCUCGAACGGACGAUCGAGAAGUGUCUUCCCGAAGAUGACGACGUCUCAGAAGGCGAGGCCACGCCAUGGCCUGGAUUUGUCACAUUCAUGAAGGACUAUCUUUUGUUUUGGCGAGAUGUGGACUUUGAUAACCUGCUGGCGGCACACACGUUGCUCAGUGGAUUGGUCAACUCCUGUGGAACGGCUUUCGCCCAUCCCACGUAUGGCGGCAUGCUGCUCAAGACGGCCAUGUCAUUAUGCGAGACCAUGUCUAGGCUGACCAUGAUGGUCAGUCGCCGCCCUGACCUGACCAUGCGGCUGCGCAAUGUUGAAGCCGAUGACCGCAAGUCCAUUGCCGAGACAUCGGCUGAAAUUAUUCAGAAGAUAUUCACCACGUGCCUGACGGAUCGCACAAGUGCGCGCUACAGCAAACCGGAAGGAAAGAAGAUUGGCGUCUACAUGUUCGCCAACCUUGUGCUGAAGCUGCUCUUCGCCUGCCGCCGGACCCAGCUUGCGAAGCAGAUAUUCACCAACAUUUCGUCCAACUCACCGCCACUGUCCCUAUAUCCCGCCGCACAGCGCGUCACCUUUCUCUUCUACCUCGGCCGUUUCAACCUCUCCAACAGCCACUACGUCCGAGCCUCGCUCUGCCUCCAGGAAGCCUACAGCCAGACGCCGGCGCCCCUGGUGUCACAUCGACACCGCAUCCUCACCUACCUCAUCCCUGCCAAUCUCUUCCUCGGCCGACUCCCCACGCAGAGCCUUCUCUCCCGGCCCGAGGCCUCUGACAAGCUCGCGGCCGUGUUCGCGCCUCUCGCGUCGGCCAUUCGCCAGGGCGACUUUGUCCUGUACCAGCAUACGCUGGCGGCGCACGAGGACUGGCUCUUCGAGCGCGGCCUCCUGCUUCCGCUGACGCACCGCCCGCGGCCGCUGCUCUGGCGCUCGCUCGCGCGCCGCACCUUCCUGCUGACGUACGCCCUGACCGACGCCGACGCAAACGUCGACCCCAGCGUGCCGGCGCGCAAGGCGGCAACCCUCGACCUCGCCGACCUCCAGACGGCCGCCGCCUUCCAGCAGCGCCGCCUCCAGGGCUGGCACGCGCCGCCGGCCCGGCGCGCCCCGCGCACGUCUCGGCCGUCUUCAUGCGCGCCGUCGCCAAACGACACGCCCUCGACGCUCGUGCCGCCCGACGGCGGGCGACGCGGCUGCGGCCGAAACGAGGGCCUCGUCUGCGGCGACGGCGACGUCACGCUUCGCCGACGUCGAAGAUGA